AUGACCGUUCAAGAAAAAGAAGACGGAAAUCUUAAGUUGAAGUUUACACCUAAAGUGCCUGGCGCCUACAGUGCUGAAGUGAAGAUUAGUGGCGAAAAGCUUCCGACCUGUCCGUUCACUUUGCAAGUAAAAGAACGUGAACUUGUAGUAGUCGGUGAGUUGGAUUUGAAGUUCAUCCCAGGGCAGGAGUUCAAAGGACCCAGUGGAAUAGCUGUAAACAAGCAUGGCGACAUAGUUGUUGCAGAUCACCACGGACACUGUGUUUUUGUAUUCGAUAAGGAAGGAAACUGUAUGAAAAAAAUUGGAAAAAAAGGAACAGAUCUUGGGCGAUUCAACUAUCCAAAUGAUGUGUCAUUUUUAAACGACAACGAAAUUCUUAUUGCAGAUCGAUUAAAUAAUAGAAUACAACACAUAAAUAUCCAAACAGGCUCUGUUUUGAAAACAUUUGGACAAAAAGGUGAGCGGAAAGGACACUUUAUGAAUCCAUGGAGUAUUUGUCUGGACGAUACAGAACGUAUUAUUGUCACUGACUUCCUUAACAAUAGAGUUCAAGUAAUAUCACAAGAGGGCGAAACUACAUUCACAAUAGGAGACAGUGGUCCAGAGAGACUCUGCGAACCACACAGCUGUAUUCCUUACAAAGACAUUUUCCUGGUAUCCGAGAGAGACAAUCACUGCAUAAAAGCAUUUGAUUCGUCAGGAACGUUUUUGUAUAAAUUUGGAAAAAAAGGGAAUCAAGAUGGACAGUUCAACAAAUCCUGUGGCAUGUGUAUAGACGGCUCCAGUAAUCUUCUUGUUUGUGACUUUGGCAAUGACCGAGUUCAGCAAUUUUCCUUAGACGGUCGCUUUUCAGGCAAAACUAUCGUUCCUUUACAAGGUGCGAAUCGAAUUGUAACAGCACCAGAUGGGCGUAUACUAGUCGUUUGCAAGACAGCUAAAAAAAUAUACAUACUGAGAUAA